GGGGGAAAGCGAAAGGGAAAGCGGGGGGGGGGAAUAGCCCAGCCCAGGACAGAGGAUCCCGGUAGCCUGCGAUGGCGUCGGGGCCGUGGCGGGCGCUGGCCGAGCAGUUCCAGGUGAUCUGCAGCCCCGGGGGGCCCCCAGGUGCGGGGCCCCCCGGGGCGCUGCCAGGCCGGGUGUCCUGCGGGCACUGGGUGAGCGCGGCCGGGCUGCGGGGAUGGGUGCGGGCGCUGCUGGACCAGGGUGUCACCUCAUUCCGCUGCCCAUACUGCCCGGACAUCCCUUGGCUCUGGCAAGAGCUGUGCAAACUCAGCCUCUUCUCGGACGAGGACCAGGCCACGCUGGAGGCCCAAAUCCUGGCACAGGAGGGUGCCAGGGGCAGCUCACCGCCAGUGUCCACACUGCCAGCACCUCGUUCAGCGCUUGGACCCCGGGACCCUGUGCACCCCCUGCCUGCCCUGCUCCCAGCGGGCCGGGGGGCUGUACUGCUUCUGCUGGGGCUGCCGCACGGCAUGGAGGGACCCCUCACCACAGAGCGAAUCCUGCUCCGACCCCCAGUGCCCCCUACAGGUCAUGCUGUACAACACCCCCAAGAUCCAGGCCCCGGGAUCGUCUGUCCAUGGGUGCCCCCUGCCUAUCCUGAGUGCCACACCAGGCUAGGCUGCCCCCUGGAGGCGUGCCUGGAGUACUGCAUGACAUUCUGCGACUGCGGCCUGAAGACGGCCAUGGCACAUUAUCUGCAGCACGGCGACCUCGUGCAUGGUGGAUACGGAUCCCACCUCUGCCCCGUCAGCCCGAGGAAGAACCUUUGCGGGGAAAGCAGGGCCUGCUCGGGACAGGCACGAGGAAUGCAGCUUCUCCUGGGACUUGCUCCGAGUUGGGCUGAGCAUCGCAGCCGAAGGGCUGGGCCCCCAUCUCAGGGUUUCACAAUAGUUACCAGAGCCUCCCCUCGGCCUCUCCUGGCUCUUCAGGGCCAGGCUGGGUCAAAAUAAAGAACCAUGAAUGGU